GUGCAGAAUGUGAAACAGCUGAUAGAAGGAUUUCUAUUCAUGGUACUUCCUCCUGAAGGCUGAACAUUGUUAUUUAAACGAAGCAGACUGAGACACAGGCUGCACUUUUGGGUGAACCUGGAGAGAGAGGGACACUGACACCGAUAUCAGAAAAUAAAAAAUGAGCAUUGAGUGGGCUGAAGAUGACGGUCUUCCUUCUGGGGUAGUUCGAGUGGACCGUGAAGGACCAGAAGAUGGUAAAACCUAUGUCAUGUACCAUGGCACAAAAAGGGCAAAUGUUUCAUCGAUCCAGAAGUCAGGUUUUACUCAGUCUUCAGGCGGGAUGCUCGGUCGGGGCGUUUACCUCAGCAGAGACCUGGAGAAAGCGAGUCGCUAUCCCAUCAAUCACCCUGAGCAUGACAGGGUUGUCAUUAAGGUUAGGGUCAACGUGGGAAAAGUGAAGGCCAUCAAUCGUCAGGACCAUCCACUUCAGAAGACCUGGCAUGACCACGGAUACGACACCGCCUGGGUGCCGCCCGGCUGUGGGAUGGUGUCAAGUGGCCUGGAGGAGAAUUGUGUCUGGGAUCCCAAGCGAAUCACAAUCAUUGAGACCAUCAAACCAAAACCUGUCAGGGAUACUCGAGCUGGUUCAAGACCGAUCUCGAUGAGAGAAUUAACUUACUCACUCCCAGACCUCCCACACCAUAAUCCCUACUCAUAUGAUUAUGAUGAUGAUUAUGAUGCAUGGUGUGCAUGGAUGCACUACAGUCCAGCAGGAUUUCAGGCCAUGGGGUGGAGCGCACCAAUGCCAGACAGCAAUUCUGAUAGUGAAGGCGGUCGUGGUGGUGCUGACCGUGCUGGUUCUGGCCGUGGUGGUGCUGGCCGUGCUGGUUCUGGCCGUGCUGGUGCUGGUCGUGCUGGUGCUGACCGUGCUGGUUCUGGCCGUGCUGGUUCUGGCCGUGCUGGUGCUGGCUGUGCUGGUUCUGGUCGUGGUGGGGCUGGCCGUGGUCGUGCUGGCCGUGGUGGUUCUGGUCGUGGUGGUGCUGGUCGUGCUGGUGCUGGCUGUGCUGGUGGUGGCCGUGCUGGUUCUGGUCGUGGUGUUUGGUCCAUAGAAGUAGUGCUGCUGUACCAUGCAGUGCUGCAGCUGUGUCCAGGUGAGGUCCUCACUGAUGUAGACGCCCAGGUACCUGAAGCUGCUCACCCUCUGCACUUCAAGGCCCCGGAUAAACAGCAGCUGAUGAGCUUUAACUGGGUUGAAGAUGACGGUCUUCCUGUUGGGGUAGCUCGAGUUGACCGUAAAGGGCCAGAAGAUGGUGUAACCUACGUCAUGUACCACGGCACCACCAGUGCGAACGCCCGAUUGAUCUUGGCUUCAGGUUUUCGCCAGUCUUCGGGCGGGAUGCUCGGUCCGGGGGUCUACCUCAGCAGAGACCUGGAUAAAGCGAGUCGCUAUCCCAUCGAUCAUCCUGAGGAUGACAGGGUUGUCAUUAGGGUUAGGGUCAACGUGGGAAAGGUUAAAGCCAUAGAUCGUCAGAACCACCCACUUCAGAAGACCUGGCAUGACCACGGAUACGACACUGCUUGGGUGCCGCCCAACUGUGGGAUGGUGAAGAGCGGCCUGGAGGAGAAUUGCGUCUGGGAUCCCAAGCGAAUCACAAUUAUUGACACCAUCAAACCAAAACCUGUCCAGGGUGCUGGAGGCAGCGCAUGGGGCUAUAGAGACAAUCACACCAAUAUCCAAAUCAGAAAAAUGUACUGCCAGUGGGCUGAAGAUGACUUCCUGCCUCCAGGGGUAAUCCGAGUGGAUUGUGAAGGGCCAAGAAACAAUAAAACCUACGUCAUGUACCACGGCACCACCAGUGCGAAUGCUAAAAGAAUCCUGAUGACGGGCUUUGGCCAGUCUAAAGAUGGGAUGCUCGGUCCGGGGGUCUACCUCAGCAGAGACCUGGACAAAGCAAGCCGUUAUCCCAUUGAUCACCCUGAGUAUGACAGAGUUGUCAUUAAAGUUAAGGUCAACGUGGGACGGGUGAUCAUCAUCAACUAUCAGAACCACCCACUUCAGAAGACCUGGCAAUACAGUGGCUACGACACCGCCUGGGUGCCGCCCGGCUGUGGGAUGGUGAAGAGCGGCCUGGAGGAGAAUUGCGUCUGGGACCCGAAUCGAAUCUCGAUCAUCGGCACCAUCAAACCAAAACCUGUCCAUGGCGCUGGAGGCAGCGCAUGGGGCUAUAGGUAAACUCAGGAGCAGGUUCUGAUUAUUUUGUACGUUCAAAUGUAUUUUUAUAUAUUUGGAUAAAAUAAAUGACGUGUUCUUCUGUAACCGUGUGACUGUAACCGAAGAAUAAACGUGUCAUUAAAGUGAGCUGCUCUC